AUGCGUGACUUCUGGAACCCCUUUGGGUUGUUCGGCACGGCUCUACAUGCCGCAACUACAAGCUCCGCCGGGGCCCAGGCCACCACCGCCUCUAUCGCCUCUACCGCCUCUACCUUGAGCACCUCCAUCGCCUCUAUCGCCUCCAUCAGCACCGCCACCACUGCCACCGGCUCUACCGCCACCACUGUCGGCCAAGCCGCCGCAACCACUGCUACCGUCGCCACCGACGCCACUCUUGAGGACCUAUGUACAGUAUCUCACGUGCAGGCGGCUCUUCCCGCCGGCGGAACUCUGCUGGGCAUCGAACUGCUUCCUGAUACCGUCACGGCGUCUGUCGUUUACAAUGCCACUGCCGAGGAGACGACGACGACGUACGACUACUGCAACGUAACCGUGAACUACCAGCACACUGGCAAGAGCGAUACCGUCGUGCUUAACUACGUCCUGCCGGCUCCCGAUGUGUUCCUGAACAGAUUCAUUGUCACUGGUGGAUUCGCCUACGAGCUCAACACCGAUUUCCUCGGAACUCUUGUCUAUCACGCUGCCACUGGCGGUACCGAUGGCGGUUACGGUGCCUUGAGUGGCACCGGUUUCGACAGCGUCCUUUUGGAUGGAAAUGGAACUAUCAACUGGGACUACACGUACAUGUUUGCAUACCAGGCACUAGGCGAGCUGACCAUGGUCGCGAAACCUCUUUUGCAAGGCUUUUACGAUACUGACUCCAAAAUCUACACCUACUUUCAGGGUUGCUCAGAUGGCGGACGACAGGGUCUGAGCCAGGUCCAGCGUUACGGUGAUCUUUACGACGGCGCCAUCCUGGGUGCACCGGCUAUCCGCUACGGGCAGCUACAGACAAGCCAUUCGUUCUCGAAUGUCGUGGAGCAGACCUUGAACUACUACCCCUCAACCUGCGAGUUCAACAAGAUCGUCAAUGCUACCAUUGCCGCCUGUGAUCCCCUCGACGGAAGGACUGACGGAGUCAUCUCCCGGUCCGAUCUUUGCAUGCUCAACUUCAACCUGACCUCCAUCAUUGGCGAGAGCUACUCGUGCGCUGCUGCGUCGGACGGCUCCUCGCCAGCCGUGAGCGGAUCGCUCAGCGCAGAGGCCGUUGCGGUCGCCCAAGCCAUCUACGACGGUCUUCACACCUCGUCGGGCGACCGAGCUUACGUCUCGUACCAAGUCGGCUCCGCGUUCAGCGAUGCGAUAAACCUUUACGACUCGGACACUCAGACAUGGGGACUCAACAUCAACAAAAAGGGCGGCGAAUACGUUGCCAAAUUCGUCGAACUGCUCGACAUCGACAACCUCCCGGACCUCAACGACGUCACCUAUGACACCCUAGUCGACUGGAUGACCACCGGAUUCGAGAGAUACACCGACAGUCUGCAGACCAGUCUCCCGGACCUCACGACGUUCCAGUCGCACGGCGGCAAGAUGAUCAACUACCACGGCGAGUCGGACCCCAGCAUCCCGACCGCGUCGACGGUGCGCUACUGGCAGUCGGUGCGCUCCAUCAUGUACCCCAACGAGUCCGAGGCCGACUCCCUCGCGGCCAUGAACGACUGGUACCGCCUCUACCUCGUCCCCGGCGCCGACCACUGCAAGCGCAACACCCUGCAGCCCGACGGGCCGUACCCCGUGGGCAUCGUCUACGCCGUCAUCGACUGGGUCGAGUUCGGCGAGGCGCCCGCCGUGCUCAAUGCCACCAUCAACUCCGGGCCCUACGAGGGCGAGGUGCAGGGUCUCUGCUCCUGGCCCAAUCGCCCCCUGUGGCAGUCGGGCGACAACAGCACGUUCGACUGUGUCACGGAUACCGCGAGCGAGGACACCUGGGCCUACACGUUCCCCGCCUUCAAGCUCCCGGUGUAUUAG